CCACGGAAAAUCACUUCCAGAUGUUGGUCUUACUUAGCAAUGCGGUGUGCUCGUACCAAGUGCAACGUUCCCACGACUCGAAUUUUUCCUUAUGUAUGUAGGUGUAGGGUGUAGGUGCUUAUUUGAGUAUUCUAGUAAUAUUCUGCACUGCGAGACACCUUGGAAAAAAGAAAGAGCUUUCCCUGUUUAUAAAUAAAGUUUUCCCAAAUGUGUCUCGUGAGGACAAGCGCCAACCUGUACACUCCGGAAAUUACGUGUACGAAUUCCCCAAUUUCCCUUCUUCCUCUCCUUCUCUCUCCCUCUUCUUGCACUUGUAAAAUUUUUACGCGCAAAGUGGAACCAAUCGACACUCUUCUUCCUCAAUUCUCUUCCCACGCUAUUCCCAAAAUCUGUGGGAACCAGUUCAAACUACACCCUAUGAAUAAUUUUUCGUUAAUCCUUUACGAACUUUUACUUUCCCACCGAAGUUUUUCCACGUUUCUGACCAUUUGAAUUUUUGAAUUCAGAGUUCAGUACAUUAACUGUCCAAUAAAAUGUUCAACUGUUUUUACAAUCUUCGUGAAAAAAAAUCAACGUAUUCAAGACAAAUUUGUUUUUUCGUACUCACCAAGAAAUAUCCUCCUCGCAAUGAAAUACAAAACUGCCGUAAUUUUUUCAAUCUGCGGACAGUUGGGGGUCAAAAAUGAGUAAUUCUUAACACUCGAAGGUGGAUUAAGAGCAUGAAUUUCGAUAUCCAAAAAUGACAAGACACGCAGAAGCAAGAUUGGGUUGUCGCUUGUUGAUAUCGAAUUCGAUCGUAGACCACGUUUUACGGUACCUUAUUUAUGCCGCUCAAUAUAUAUCCGUUCUAUAUAACUAUAUAUUUUAACUAAUAUAGCAGAAAGUUCCAUUUGUAUACCAUUAAGGUAGCUUUUCAAUGCAUUUUUAUAAAUUGCUACAUAGAGUAUUGAAGGGUGCCAUUUAAACGUGGUCAUAAUCCGUCUCCAGGAUUUUAAAUUGACGUGUAUAACGACAAAGUAUUUGAGCAAGUAGUUGCUCGCCCUCUAAGGUGAUUCCUACGAAAUCCGAUGCGCACAAAACCUGCGCGAAUGAGUAACGAUGUUUACCGAGGGUUGCUUUUAAAACGUUGUGUUUACCGUGUUUACAAUGCUCGGUUAACGACAAGUUUUGUUGACAUCAAUGGUGAACGAGCAAAACGGAGAAUAAUUUGGGAUAUGAUAAGCUCGUCAGUGUGCUAUUCUGUGGAAUUAUCUUUUUUUCAUUAAUUUUACUUUAUUUCCAAGCCCAGGAGUGUGAUAUUUGAGAUCUAACCUCAAAAACCGUAACGGAUUAACCUCUAAAUCUUACGUUGAACACGUCGGGGUAAUGAAAUAACAUAAUCAUGGGUGAUAAACAAAAAGUUUUAAUAUGUGGCGACGUUGAAGGAAAUUUCAAAUUUCUUUUCAACAAAGUCGACACAAUUAACAAAAAAAAUGGUCCUUUCGAUUUUCUUUUAUGCGUUGGAAAUUUUUUUGGUGCAAAUAACAUAGAAUUGGAGCCUUAUAAAAAUGGUAUGAAAACUAUAUCAGUACCGACUUAUAUCGUUGGCCCGAAUCGCGAGGAAGAUGUUAAAUUCUAUGACGACAUGAGCGGUUGCGAGAUUUGUCAAAAUUUAACAUAUCUUGGCAAAAGAGGACUGUAUACUUCUAGUUCUGGUCUUAAAAUAGUCUAUUUGAGCGGCAAAGGAGAUCACAAAACUGAGAGUGCUUAUGGCUUUACCGAAAACGAUGUUAUCGCUAUUAGGAAUUCUUGCCUCAAGGGCCAACCGAGUUUCAGAGGUGUUGACAUUCUCUUGACCUCGCCUUGGCCUAGAGGAAUCACUAAUUUGGAUCCCAAUAAUCCAAAACACAAAUACCAAGGCUCCGAUCUUGUUGCUUGGCUUGCUGCACAGAUAAAACCCCGAUAUCAUGUUUGCGCCAUGGAAGGAAUUUACUACGAGAGACCACCUUACAGGAAUCAAAGCCAAAAUGAAAAUAGCAUAGAGAUCGCCUCAAGGUUCAUAGCUCUCUCCAAAGUGGGGAACACGGAUAAAAGGAAAUGGCUCUACGCUUUGAACCUUACACCAGUGGACAGAACACGUUUGUCAGAUCUUGUACAAAAAACAACGGAUGAAACAGGAAGUCCGUAUCCAAAAACAAUGCUGGGUGCUCAGCCCUCUUGUCCAAACACUGAGCCAAAAAACGUUCAAUUUUUCUAUGACAUGGAGCCAAAGGCAGAGAAACGAGGAGGCAAACAUUCUGACAGAACAAACAAAAAGCCAAAAAUGGAAUUUGACCAAGCAAAAUGUUGGUUCUGUUUAUCGAGUCCUGAGGUGUCAAAACAUUUGGUUAUUUCUGUGGGAACAGAAGUUUAUGUUGCUUUAGCUCGAGGUGGCCUGGUCGAAAACCAUUUCCUGAUUCUCCCUGUAACUCACCAUCAGAGUUUAUCAAUUUUACCUGACAGUGUCGCAAAAGAAAUGAAACUGUACAAAAAAGCAGUAACCAAGUAUUACGCUAGUAAGGAUUCAGUCCCUGUAUUUUUUGAGAGGAAUUAUAAAAGUUCUCACUGUCAAUUGCAAGCUGUGCCAGUCCACAAAAAUCAAGCUCCUGCUCUGCGUGAAAUGUUCCAAGAAAUGGCAGCUUGCAAUAAUUUCGAGCUGGAUGAAAUCCCCCAGCACUCUCAGUUGCAGCAAAUCGCUCAGCCUGGUGUUAUUUACUUUUAUGUCGAACUGCCCAACGGUGAAAUGCUCUAUCAUCGUAUUAAAAAAGAUUUUCCCCUGCAAUUUGGAAGAGAAGUUUUGGCAAGCGAUCGAAUAUUGGACAUACCGGAACGUGCUGAUUGGCGCGAGUGCCAAUUGGACCGAGAUGAAGAGACGGAACUUGCUAAAAAAAUUCGCAAUCAAUUUCAACCCUACGAUCCAGACACUUAGAACAUUAUUAUGUUCUCCACCAAAAAGAGUCGAACUAUGUUUUACUAUGAACGAAAUUGUAAAAUAUAUUUUUUUCUGUAGAAUAUUCUACGUGACAUUUGUAUAAUAAAUCAUGAAUUUUCA